ACAGAAGCCCUUUGAUUGACAAAAAUAUAAAUCGUCGACAGCAGGGUUCGAACCUGCGCGGGCGAAGCCCAACAGAUUUCAAGUCUGUCUCCUUAACCACUCGGACAUAUCGACUGAUUGUGAUUAAGAUCUUAUUAUUAUUAUUAUUUAACUAUAAUUAUAAUUAUAACAAAUCCUGGGUUUAUCUAGGGUUUAUCUAGGGUUCGUAUUUGAGAGUUGGGACCUCCCAAAAUUACACCAACUCUACACAAAAGAAAAUUCCCCAAAAAGGCGAGGAUGUUAUACAUAAUUGGAUUGGGGUUAGGAGAUGAGAAAGACAUCACACUAAGAGGGCUCGAGGCAAUCAAGAAAUGCAGUAAAGUUUAUAUGGAGGCCUACACUUCUCUCCUCUCCUUCGGCAUCACCUCCGAUGGCCUCUCCAAAUUGGAAAAGGUUUAUGGGAGACCUAUAAUUGUCUCAGACAGGGAAAUGGUUGAGGAGAAGGCAGAUGACAUGCUGUUAGAAGCUCAGGUUUCUGACGUGGCAUUUCUGGUCGUUGGAGACCCUUUUGGAGCAACAACACAUUCUGAUCUCGUUGUCCGGGCAAAGAAGUUGGGAGUGAAUAUUAAGGUUGUGCACAAUGCCUCAGUUAUGAAUGCCAUUGGAGUUUGUGGCUUGCAGCUCUAUCGUUAUGGAGAGACGAUCUCAAUCCCGUUUUUCACUGAAACUUGGAAGCCUGAUAGCUUUUACGAUAAGAUUAAAAGAAAUCGGGAACUUGGAUUGCAUACCCUUUGCCUGUUAGAUAUAAAGGUGAAGGAGCCUUCACUAGAGUCACUAUGCAGAUGGAAAAAGGUUUACGAGCCACCAAGAUUUAUGACGAUAAACACAGCAAUAGAACAGCUCUUGGAGGUGGUGCAGAACCAACACGAUUCAGCUUACAAUGAAGACACGAUGUGUGUUGGAUUGGCGCGGGUGGGUUGUGAAGAUGAGAUGAUAGUUGCAGGCUCCAUGAAGCAGCUCUUGGCGAUAGACUUUGGCCCCCCUUUGCAUUGCCUUGUGAUUGUGGGUGAUACUCACCCUGUAGAACAAGAGAUGCUUCACUUUUAUCAAAUCAACAAUACUUGAAAAUACCUUUUUUAUCUUUUUUAGGAUUGUGUUGUAACUCAAUUAUGUUAUAAUGCGAUUUUGGUGCAGCAUGCUGUUGGAAAUAUCUCUAUCAUUCACUACUAACAAUAUAGAAUGUGAUUCUCAACUUUAAGAGAA